AUCCCUCAACGAAUUGCUAUUUAUAUUUAUAUUACUUAUUUUAUCACCCGCCAUAAACGGAAGCGUCUGUAGACGAACGAUAAAAUUAUAUUAUUGGUAUUAUAAGCCGAGUGCAAUCAUCGGCAUUGGUUCCAAUUAGUUGAUAAGUCUCUUGGUUAUUCCACGGGUAUCUGAAAUAUUUGGGGCCUAGUCUUCUGGCGACUUUGAACAAAUGACAUCGUACGCUCUCUUGGGCUGGCUACUGCUGCUGCUGCUGCUGCAGUUCAGUUGCCUGUUGGCCUGGCAGGAUUACAAGGAUUAUAAGGUAUUCGAACUGCAGCCUGAGGAUGAUGAUCAGGUGCAACUGCUUCGACAGCUGUUCUGGCAGCAGCCCCAUUGGGAUUUUUUGGGAUCACGUCUCAGUUACAAUGAGAGUGGAUACAGGGUGCUGGUGGCACCAAAUCAAGCUGAAAGUUUGGUCAAGCAACUGCAGACACAUAUGAUCGAGUAUCAGUUGCUCUCCGAUGAUUUGUCCCAGCUGGUUAAGGCCCAGCGUGAGGACAAUCAACGCAACAAGGCGCGCUUCACACUGCCUUUUAUAGAUGUUAUAGGCGCAUUUUAUACGCACACCGAAAUCAAUGAGUAUCUAGACAGUCUGCCCCAACGUUAUCCGCAACGUGCGCUGGUCAAGCAGUUCGGCUGGAGCUAUGAGCGCCGUCCAUUGAAGCUGCUGACCAUCAACAAUGGCGACGGACGGGCAAAUAAGCCGGUGAUCUUCAUUGAUGCUGCGAUGCACGCACGCGAAUGGAUUGCGCCCUCCUUGGCCCUUUACAUCAUUCAGCAGCUGCUGGAUAACUAUGCGGAAAACGAGCAGCUGCUCAAGGACUACGACUGGGUGAUUAUGCCCGUGGUCAAUGCGGAUGGCUAUGAGUUCAGUCACACGGAUUCGCGCUAUUGGCGCAAGAACCGCAAACCCACCUGGGAUCCAGAGAACAUUGGCACCGAUCUCAAUCGCAACUUCGGCUAUAUGUGGGGACUCGAUGAGGGUGCUUCGCCAGAUCCUUCGAACGAGACCUAUCGUGGUGAGCACGCCUUCGACCAGCCCGAGUCGCAGGUGGUACGCGAUGUGCUGCUGCACUACAGCGAUCGCUUGAGCUUUUACCUUUCGCUGCACUCGUAUGGCAACUACCUUCUGCUGCCCUGGGGUCACACAAGCUCUUUCCCUUCGAAUUACUUGGAUAUGAUGCAGGUAGCUGAUGCGGGUGCCAUGGCAAUUCUUCAGGCUACAAAUGGCAUUUACAGCUAUGGCAGCGGCUACCAUUUGAUGUACUCGACCUCUGGUGAUUCCACGGACUAUGCUGUGGGCGUGGCCAAUGCAACUGUGGCCAUUACUAUGGAACUACCAGCUGGCGGAUUUCUUGGCUUCGACCCCUGGAUAUCGCACAUCGAGGGCAUUGUGACCGAAAGCUGGGUGGGUGUGCGUGCCAUGGCGCUGGAGGUGGAAAAGCUCGACCAAGCAAAGGCAAAAAAAAAAUUGAUAUCAAUAAACUGAUUUCGCUAGCGAAUGAUUUC